GCUAUCAGGAGCAAACAGACAUCUGCUGAUGCACACAGAGACACGCGCUGCUGUAGAGAUGAGCAUGGACAAGUUUUCACUUUCCUUUCAGAGGUAACCUUGGUCUGGAAUAGGAGACUUUGAGCCUGGUGUUCAGGGAAUGUCAGUGAAGUUGCAAUUUGAUUGUCCAGCAGAAGGUGGCAUGGUGCAGAGGAGUUGCUCCUUCACUGGAGUCGACACACUGAUUGGCAGAUAUAGGCUAUCUUCUGCACGUACUUCUCUGCGCACCAAAGGCCUGGCAAGAAAAUCUACAAGAAUCCCCACUUCUAAUCAGGUGGUUGGCAGUAUUUGGGGACAACAGCCUGAGCAGGUGGACAAAGUUUUUCAGGCUUUACAGAAAGGGCUCAAGGAGUAUCUUGAAGGCCACAAGACAGAGCUGGAAUUCCUCUCAUCCCAGCAGAGAGACACUAUGAGGAAUUCAAGACUGGCUUUUUUCUAUGACUUGGAGAAGGAAAUAAGAGCCUUGGAAAGAUACAUACGGCGACUGGAAUUCCAAAUUAGUAAGGUGGAAGGGUUGUAUGAAAUAUAUUGCAUUCAGUGGCGAUUAUGUCAAGGAGCUGUUAAUAUGAAGCGAGCAUUUUCACUCUCUCCAUCCUCACGGGCAUCACGAGAAAGUCUACUGGAGCUGAACCGCAAUCAUAGACACAGCUUGGAGGAUAUGUGUGCAAUGGAAGGGGAGUUGGAGAUUCUACUGGGAGAGCUGCAAAUAAAAAUGAAAGGUUUGAUAGGCUUUGCUCGUCUCUGCCCAGGGGAUCAGUAUGAGGUGUUAAUCCGACUGGGACGACAGCGAUGGAGAAUCAGAGGGCGGAUCCAGACUGAUGAUAAACAGCUGUGGGAUGAAGAGGAAAUGGUUUUCCUCCCUCAUAUCCAUGAGAGCUUUGAGAUCAAGGUAACAGAAGUGAAGGGCCUGAGCUCCAUCUUAGUUGGAAUGGUGACAUGCAAGUGCACAGACUUCUACACUGCACAUCCACAAAUGAUGGUUGUUGACAUUACGGAACUGGGAACCAUCAAACUCCAACUGGAGGUGGUCUGGAAUCCUUUUGACAGUGGCAUGGUGAAGAAUCUCAUGUCAUCUGCCAGUCGACAAUCAACCCACAGCAGGAAAAGACUGUCUAUGAUGCGCCAGUUUCAAGACGCAGAUGGCUCUUUCUCUGUUGGCUCACGUGAAUCCAGGGGUGUGUCUCUGCUUAGCUACCUGUCUGACUCUGCCCAGGCACUCUCUCCAUUGGUCUAUGAAAGGGCUAGUCAUCCUCCAAUCUUCCCUGACCUUUCUAUGGAUUGUCAGUCAGUGGAUGAUGACCUUUUACAGACACCCCUUGGAGAGGGUGAUGAAUGUGGUGAAUGUCCUUCAGAGCCCGAGACCAACUCUCCUAGUCCAGGGGACAGCAAGCGAGACACCACAAUUCUUUUUCAGUGUUACAGCACUCCUGACAUUCUUCAACAGAAUGGUGUGGUAGCCUCCAACCAAGAAGUGGAACCAGUGAAGUUGAAAGUGGCUACAGAUGAUCUUAUAGUAGAGGAGGUAGAAGAAGGGUUUGAGGAAAAGCCAAAGGUCCUAGCGGUGGGUGUAGAAAAUUCCCAAAGGAGAGCAGUGGCUAUGAAGGUUGGCCUGGCUCAAGCACAGGUUGCUACUACCUUGCAGGAGAUGAGUUUUGACAAGACAGAGUUAAAGCAUCUGAAUCUACAAAUACAGCAGCUUAGCCAGAUCUUAAAGAGGGACGUCUACAUUCUUCAGACCUCCUCUAGUGAGGCACUAGAUGUAGAAGAAGAGGAAGUGCUGGGCAGUUUUGACUUUCUGUCCAUUGACUUCAACACAGAAGACAACAACUCCUACAUGAGUAGCAGCAGGUUCAUGGACACUAGGUUCAAAGGGAACACUGUGACAGAUACAGUACUAUCAUUAGAGCAGCAACAAACAGGGCACAUGGCAAAAAGAACAGACAAUGAGGACAGAAGUCCACUCAGCACUGGAGAGUACACUCUCGAUCAAGCCUUGGAGAUCCACCUCAACAUCUGUAUUGCACUACUGCGAGCACUGAAGGUAUCUAAUUUGGAGUACAUGCAACAGUAUAUCCUGGAAGAACUAUCACAUCAAACUGAAGUGCUUGAAAAAAUCACCACUUUUGCACAGAGGAAGACUCACGAUAUCUCAGCAACAGAAAGAACCGGUAGCGCUUCCCUGAUGGGAGCACUGAGAAGAUUCUGUUUCCGGGGUGGUGAAAGUCUUUUACAAUCCUCCUGGCCUUGACCUUGCAUCGCUGGUUGUAGAUGUAUAUGAUGCAGGGGAGAGAAGUCCUGAUGGUCUUCUCCGCUGCCCUCACCACUCUGGACAGUACAUUCCGUUCCUUGGCCGUGGUGCCUCCGAACCAGGUAGUGAUGCUUCUGGUGAGAGAGAGAUGCAUGCUUGUUUUAUAUUGGUGCUACGUUUAUGAUUUCUGUUAUGUUUGAGCUCUGUUUAUGAUUAAAUUUUACGUUUGAGUUCACUCGAUUUUACUUAGUAAAGAGUUGUCAUGUAUGAAGGUUACCACUAAUGACCCUAUUCUUACUAGCUUGUUUUGAUUCCUUAUGCCUGGUUGUUCUUAGCAUAAUAAAUGAUUCCUUGUGUACUGCUAUUGUGCCAGCAGCAUUUAAAAUUAUACCUGUUACACCAGUCCCAAAAAAUCAGCAAUACGGAUUUGGACAAUUUGAAUAAUUUUAGUCCUAUCUAAUCCUGGAGCGUGUCGUUGCUUCUCAAUUAUGUAAACACCUUACUGUUAUCAAUCUUUUUGAGCCUUUUCAGUCUGGUUUUCAUAAGUUUCAUAGUACAGAAGCCGCUCUGGUUAAAGUCACUAAUGAUAUGUUAAAAGCUUCAGAUUCUGGCUCUCUUUUUAUUCUUAUUCUGCUUGAUCUCAGCACUGCUUUUGAUAUUGUUGAUCAUAAUCUUUUACUUUCAAGAUUUGAAACUGUAUUUGGUGUCACCGAGACUGCCUUAAGCUGGUUUAGAUCCUAUCUCAUUGCUCGUAAGCAGUUUGUCUCCAUGGGCGGUUUUAGGUCUUAGACCUGUUUGCUCUGGUGUCCCCCAAGGUUCAAUUCUAGCCCCUUUACUUUUUAUCCUUUAUAUUUUUCUGCUUGGUCAGCUCUUAAAAUUCCUUGGUUUAACUUACCGUUUUUAUGCAGAUGACACACAAAUUUAUAUCCACUCAAAAAAGGGUCAAAAUGUGGCAAAUCCCUUCUUAUUAACCUGUAUCUCUGAGAUAAAAUCAUGGAUGUCUCGUAAUUAAUGUCUGAACAGUAAUAAGACUGAAGUCUUGCUUCUUGGCUCUCCUCAACAGCUCUCUGAAGUGUGUCCUUCAUCUCUAUUGGGUGAUGGUUCAGUUUUGCACUUUCAAACAAGAUUGAAAAAUCUAGGAGUUAUAUUUGAUGCAGGCUUGACUUUCUAUCCACAAGUGCAGAAUACUGUCAAAACUGUCAUUUACUGUCAUUUUUUCAUCUAGGAAAUAUUGCAUUUGUAUUCGCCUGCAUCGAUUACUGUAAUGAACUUGUUGCUGGAGUAAAUAAAUCCACACUAAACAAAUUACAAUAUGUUCAAAGCUCAGCAGCUAGAAUCCUGAAUGGGCAAUGACAAGAGAUCAUAUUACUCCUAGUUUGGAAUCCUUACAUUGGCUUCCCGUCAGGUUUCAAGUUGAUUUUAAAAUUCUCAUGUUACAUAUAAAGCUCUGCAUGGACUGGCUCCCCAGUAUUUGACUGAGCUCUUAACAUAACCUCCACUCUUCUCAGUCUGGUCUUUCAGUUGUCCCUCAGACUCAUUUACACUCCAUGGGUGAUAGGGCUUUCUCUUUUAAUGCACCUAAACUAUAGAAUUCACUUCCUGCUGAUAUCAGACAUGCACAGACAUUAGGUAUUUUUAAAUAUUAUCUUAUACUUUCUUUUAGGUUAGCUUUUACUUGCCUGCAGAAUUAAUUGAUGUUUGAUGGGUUUUUUUUUAUGAUUUACACAUGAUUGUGUUUUUUAUGUAAAGCACCUUGAGAAGCUACAUUUAAAGGCAGUAUAUAAAAUAAAGUUUUUUAUUAUUAUUAUUAUUAUUAUUAUUAUUAUGCCUCAACAGGUAAGAGCUGUUUUAGUGGCACAAGGGGGACCUACACAAUAUUAUGCAGGUGGUUUUAAUGUUAUGGCUGUUCGGUGUAUAAGGUGUUAAUAGGAACACCUAUACACCUGCUUAUUUAUGCAGUUAUCCAAUCAGCCAAUCAUGUGGCAGUAGCACAAUACAUAAAAUCAUGAAGAUACAGGUCAAGAGCUUCAGUUAAUGCUCACAUCAAACAUCAGAAUGAAGAAACAGUGUGGUCACUGUGACUUUAACUGUGGCAUGGUUGUUGGUGCCAGAUGGGCUGGUUUGAGUAUUUCAUAAACUGCUGAUCUACUGGGAUUUUCACACACAAUAGUCUACACAGAAUGGUGUGAAAAACAAAAAACAUUGAGUGAGCAACAGUUCUGUGGGUGGAAAUGCCUUGUUGAUAAGAGAGGUCAGAGGAAAAUGGCCAGAUUGGUUCAAACUACCAGGAAGGAUAUAGUAACUCUUUACCGCCGUGGUGAGCAGAAAAGCAUCUCAGCAUGCACAAAACAUUGAAACUUGUGGUGGAUGGGCUACAACUGGGUUCCACCCCUUUCAGCCAAGAACAGGGAUCUGAGGCUAUCCUGGGCACAGGCUCAUCCAAACUGGACUGCUGAAGAUUAGAAAAAAGUCAAGUGGUUUUCUUCCAGUCUUAAACUGUACAGUUUCAGUUUCAACAUAGGUUAUAGCUUCCCCCCAAAAAAUUAUUUGGGGGAGCCCAGACUAGAGCUGGUCCGGAAGGGCCUUGAUCCGGUCGAACUGCCUCUGAUUCUCCUGGAUUUGUUUGUUCUGGACCAACAUACACCGAAGCAUGUCUUCUGCAUCCAAAGUGGGUCUUCUGUCAGGAUUGGAGUUGGAUGUGGAUGCAAGUGCUGAUAUGGUUUAAUCAGUGCAAUACAAAACACACACAAGGUACAUGAACAAGAACAACAAGAACUACGUAAAUGAUGUGAGCUUAACAAAUGCAAGACAAAGAGUGCUCCCAGAGACAGAACUUAAAUACCCAUGCUCAUUAGACAUAAACAUACACCGAUCAGCCAUAACAUUAAAACCACCUGCCUAAUUUUGUGUAGGCCCCCCUUGUGCCACCAAAACAGCUCUGAGACAUCAAGGCAGGGACUGCACAAGACUCCUGAAGGUGUGCUGUAGUAUCUGGCACCAAGACAUUAGCAGCAGAUCCUCUUUGCCCUAUAAGUUGCGAGGUGGGGCUUCCAUGGAUCAGACUUGUUUGUCCAGCACAUCCCACACAUGCUCAAUCGGAUUGAGAUCCGGGGAAUUUGGAGGCCAAGUCAAGACCUUGAGCUCUUUGUCAUGUUCCUCAAACCAUUCCUGAGCAAUUUUCGCAGUGUGGCAGGGCACAUUAUCCUACUGAAAGAGGUCACUGCAAAUUAGGGAAUACCAUUACAAUGAAGGAGUUUACUUGGUCUGCAACAAUGUUUAGGUAGGUGGUACUGUAUGUGUCAAAGUAACAUCCACAUGAAUGUCAGGACCCAAGGUUUCCCAGCAAAACAUCGUCCAAAGCAUCACACUGCCUCCGUCGGCUUGCCUUCUUCCCAUAGUGCAUCCUGGUGCCAUCUCUUCCCCAGGUAAGCAACGCACACGCACCUGGCCGUCCAAAUGAUGUAAAAGAAAACAUGAUUCAUCAGACCAGGCCACCUUCUUCCAUUGCUCCAUGGUCCAAUUCUGAUGCUCACAUGCCCAUUGUAGGCACUUUCAGCGGUGGACAGGGGUCAGCAUGGGCACUCUGACCGGUCUGUGGCUAUGAAGCCCCAUAUACCGCAUUCUGUGCUCUGACACCUUUCUAUCAUAGCCAGACGGGCUAGGCUUCGCUCCCCAUGCACAUCAAUGAGCCUUGGGUGCCCAUGACCCUGUCACCAGUUCACAGGUUGUCCUUCUUUGGACCACUUUUGGUAGGUACUAACCACUGCAUACCAGGAACACCCCUCCAGACCUGCUGUUUUGGAGAUGCUCUGAUUCAGUCAUCUAGCCAUAACAAUUUGGUCCUUGUCAAAGUCACUCAGAUCCUUAUGCUUGCCCGUUUGCUUUCAACACAUCAACUUCUGUUCACUUUCUGCAUAAUAUAUCCCACCACUUGACAGGCGCCAUUGUAACGAGAUAAUCAAUGUUAUUCACUUCACCUGAGGUGU